AUGGAGGAAGGUCAGCUGCUCUUGGAGAACAACCACCCAGGAACAGGAUUCCGCCGCUUGUUCUCCAAGAAUGCGACGGCCGUCUACAGCGGUUGUCUCAUGGCCCUGAUCGCCCUGGAGCGAUUGACGUUCAAGCUCAUGGUCGACAGAAUGGCCCCCUUCAGGUUUGUCCUGGCGCAAGCGGUGGCCGCAUGCUACGCCGUCGCCGUCGGGGUCGUCGUCCUCAAGCGUGUCAACUUAGCCGGGGAGAGGGGCAGCAUGCAGGGAUUCCCGGUGUGGAGGCUCGCCAUGAUGGCCGUGCUGGACAUGCUGCACCUGGUGCCGAUGAUCGUCGCGGCCGCGGACGUGGCCCCGACGCUGACGGUGCUCUUGCUGCAGUGCUCGGCGCCCUUCUGCCUCGCGGUCUCCGGCGGAUUUUGCUCGAGGAGAUACCCCCGAAAGCCGAUGCUCGGGGCGGCGGUAAUAUUCUUGGGCGCGUGCGUGGCGAUAUAUCUACCGAUCUCUCGGCUGAUGAACGCGAGGGCCACGCUACACGAUGAUGCCAGGAGCCACGAGUACGACCCGGUGCACCUGCGGGGGGGUAGCGGCGACUACGCCAUCGUAGAAGGGUACAACACCAUCCUGUACAUGCUGGCGUGCCUGCCGGCGGCCGUCUCCACGGUGUACAAGCAGUACGCCCUGGAGCAGCACGGACGGCCGGUGGACGCUCACCAGCUGAGCCUCGGAGUGACCGCGUUCGAGGUGGUGUUCAUCGCGCUAGCGGCGCCGGCGGCGUACCAGCUUCAGAGCUUGGGUAGACACGGAGACGGGAACACGCACGUUGGACAAGCGUUGAAAGACGGCUGGCGUUGUCUCGUGCUCAUGAGGGAUGUCGUCGACAUCGAUGGCUAUCCUGUCGACGCGGAUUGCUGGGCAGGGCUGCCGCUGGUGUUUUCGUACGUCGUGGCCACUCUUCUGGUCAACACGCUGGUCCAGAAGGUCGUCGACCAGGCCGAGUCGGCGUCGGUGUACCACCGUGCCAUGGCGUUUUCCGUACCAACGGCCUUCGUUGUCCUGUGCUUCUACAACGAAGCCGUGAGAGUGGCUGCACGAUAGCUUCAACGUGUACACUGUGUCGGGCCUCAUUGUGAUCAUGAUCGGCCUCCGGCUGUACCACUCCGUGCCAGAGCCGGAGGACCCCCGGGAUAGCUUCGAUCCACCGUCACCCCCUGAUGGCAAACGCUACGGCGGCUGAACGGAGUCUCUAUAGGACACAGCUGUGUGCCGACUCAGGUGGAACGGGAAGAAAGCCGAGGUUCAUGGCAUAGCUGCUCGGCUCCGGGAGGGAUAGGGGUCGUUGUUUGAAGGUGACAACGAAGUGCCUUCGUGUACCGUUCGUGUUUUUCUUUUUUUUUUUACCAUGGUUGGUUUGCCAUUUGCGGCGCAAGAAGGACAGGGUAUAAGUCAACCUCCCUUGCGUGUGGUGUGUGUAGAGGGACCAAGGCGUUUUGCGUGUCUACGCCCACCCAGAGGAGUCGGGAUGUUUCAGAACUCUCUGCCGCGCGGAGCCGAACGGAGUCUACAGGAAUUUUAUGCCUCUAAAGGCGUAUUAUGCCCAAGUAUUCGCGGCGUUGUGGGAGGGCUCUCUGUGAUUCCCGUGAUAUUGCGGUCAGUUUAGUCCGGAAACCACGAUCCUCUCACCCCGAAAGGCCUCUAUUCAUAGGGGUGGUGCACGUUUUGUGCCUGGACUUGGUUCGCUGGAGUGCAGCGUCUUGCCGGUGUGUGUUGUGUACGCAGGUCGCGCUUUUGUUCCUCGUGACAACUUUUUUUUUUUUGUCGUAGUCGUUCUCUUUUCUUUUUCUCUGUGUGGUGUUCCUAUCUUGUGUUUAUAUUUGUAGACCGACCAGCCUGUGCAUAUGGAUCGGAAAUAGUCAAUUUUCACACCAUGGUUUCUUUUCGCUGCCCCCCUUUUUGUUCAAGUGGGAUCAAGUGGGAUUUCCCUGCUUUCAAGGCUUGAGUUGGUUGACUGUCGGGGAGGGGCGGGGUGGCCGGGGUGGAAGCAGCAGUAGACGCUGUGCGUGAUUAACCGAUCUAAUCAAACUAGUUUUUAUAUUGAUAGGUACAAAGCUUAUGGCGAGUUUUUCGGUGGAUGCCGGGGCUAGAACGGGGAUUGAUUGUGAUGUUUUGGUGGUGUUGUUGUAGUUUUAUCAGCCAUUUGGUGUUGUGUUAUGUACAGUCUGCUCUUUUUUUUUUUUCUGGACUUUCUGGAUGAACCACGCACCUAGUUUUUAUUUUUUGUCGUUCCUUGCUUCAUAAUUUUUCGUGAGGGAAGUGAGCGUUUUUUUGUCAAUAGCGCCAGGCUGUUCGUGCGCUAUGCCGUUCUGAGUAGUGCUGUGUGGUACUGGUUUCGUGGCGGUGGCGAUUUUUUUUUUUGUGCAAACAAGCGGUACCAAACAAUUGCCAGCCGGACAUGUCGUGUAGUGUUGCAAUUUUUCAGGGCCGGGGAGGGGCGUGAUGAUUUGGCAUUUGAGAGCUUUCUUUGCAUGCGGUGUUGCAAAUGACCCAAAGCACGCUACUACCAUGUCGUGUAUGCGUGGGUUUCUCUGAUGCUGGUCCCGUGCUGUACAUUUACGGUACGGUACGGUAGUCUUCAGGGAAAACACAGAUGUAUCUCUUCGUACUUCGUAUAACUGCAGGGCUUGGUUGCUCGAUAAUGCACGAGGUGUGUUUUUUUUGUUUUGUUCUUCCGGUUAAAUUGGCGCUUUGGGUUGCGUUGAGUCGAAACAUAUACAAAGAAAGGGUCUCGUAAGAGGCCGGUGAAGGGUUUCGUUUUGUCCGAAUUGCAACAAGCCGCAGUUGACGCAAAGACAGUUUUAACAUCACAGCAGCAGGAAAAAAUAGUUUAUUGAUGAGAGUGAAGGAGAAAGCUUCGUUGUUCAGGGUUCCUCAGGGAAAGGCUAAGACUUCACUGUAGUUGAGGUGCACAAUGCCUGUUUUUGUUGGAGCGGCGUGUCAUGUGCGGAUGAACCAUUGAAGGAGUGGAUGCCGCAAAUGUUGUGCAUCCAACAGAAAUGAGCAUACGGGGUUCCAAUACCAAGCAUGUGAGGGAGAGCAUACCCAGCCCCACAAGAUCGUGACACGCUUGGUUUGGGUAACGGUACGGGAGCCACGAACGUUCCGCGCAUGGCAUCUUCACAACUCAUGACCGAAUGCUUUUUCGGCUCGUCCCAUGUGCAGACAAUGCUUGGAAUUGCAAAUGCUGAGUCUUGUUUCGUUUCCCGCUGGGUUUCACGUAGCGCGUGAGAGGAGAUGUCAUCUGGCGUGCGGGAGGUACCCUGUCGGGGAUGCGGGCGAAAAAAGAAGAUAUCCCCCAACGUUGGAGAGCUUCUUGGCUGUGUGGCGGUGGCGAUAACCUUGCCACCAGAGGUGUUGGCUGUUUCCUUUGCUCGUGUGAUGUCGCGAGGAAUGCGACGAGGGACCCAGCGAACGCCGUUCGAGCUAGGGUGCCGUGGAGGUAGACGGGGCGGU